GACCACUUGUGCUGUGCUGUCACCUGUCACACCACACAAGUUUAAAUUAUUGUUGGCUGGUCAAAGUUAGGGAACCUUAAAAUAACUAAAAUUUAGUCACAAUGUUUAAAAAACCUAUUAAAAUUAAAAGCAAUACACAAACAAAACGAUCUGAAAGGAACAACUUUAGAGAUUCAAUAUUAAAAGCGUUUCCUAACUUAACAGAAAAUGAUAUUAAUGAAUUACUACCAAAAAAGGAACCUUUAAAUAUCUUAAAAGUAGUUACACAUAACCAAACAAUAUUAAAUGUAUAUACAAUUCAAAAACGGCCAAUAGUAUUUGAAUAUGAAGACAAACUCUUUCCCACAAUAUUUAUGUUAUGGAAAUUUCCUAAUAUAAUAUAUGCUUUUACAACACACCAACAAGUCAUGAGCUUCAUUACAUCUGGUGCUGAUCUUAUGUUAGCAGGUGUUGUAACCCCACAAGCUUGUACUAAUUUGCCGAAAUAUGGAAAUGUUGUUGAGAAUGAAGUAGUUUAUGUAAAUUUAUCUAACAAUAAGGCAGCUGUAGCAGUUGGUGUGGCAAGUCAAAGUUCUGGAGCCAUGAAUUUAGCAAAUUGUAGAGGAAAAUGUGUAAAUAUAUAUCAUUUUUAUGGAGACCAUCUUUGUACUAUUGAAGGUUUGCCUAAUUUACCAUUAGCUACACUUGGUUCUCCAGAAUGGCUUCGUUUGGAUAGUUAUGAUAAUGAUUUCCCAGCUCUUGGUGGCCCAACAAAAACACAACCUGAUAUUUUAGAUAUAAAUAAAUGUGAAAAUGGAGAUAUUCAACAGACACAAGAAACAGAAACAGUUUCUGAGCAAAUAAUUGAAAGAAGUGAUGGUGAUAAUGAAGUUAAUGAUUUAGAAACAGAAUCGACCCAAGAUAGUUCGGAAAAUAUGGAUGAUCUUUUAAUUUUUUGCUUUUUAGGUGCUAUCAAAUAUUCAAAGACACUCCAAUUGCCUGUACUGACUUCAAACUUUUUUAAAUUAGAUAUGCUUCCAAUUUGUCCUCCUACUAAAAAUUUGGAUAUUAAAAAGACUUCUUUCAAGAAGUUAAAACCGUUUCUAAAGAAAAUGUCAGAGGAAGGUCUGGUUACUGUAAAAGAAGUAAAAACUGGUGUUGAAACCAUCACUGCCAUAAAUAAAGAUCAUCCAAAGUAUCAAGCAUUUUAUUUGACACCCGAAGAAAGACCCAAAAAGGACACAAAUGAGACUGAAAAUGUGCCUUCAACCAAUGUCAUUGAAUCCUUUGUUAUCACCGACUCUGUUGUACCUAUAUUUGAUGGUCACAGAAAAGGAGAUACUGUACAACUCAUAGAUGUAAGAAAGUAUAUUUCAAAAUAUGUCAAAGAGAACAAUUUACAAGAUGUGGAAAAUGAAAAGCUCAUAAAACCUAAGGAAGCAUUGGCACGUAUAUGCAAGACCGAACACUCUGUAGCAUGGGAAGAAGUAAUUGAAAAAGUAUGCGCUGCAAUGAAAAAUACCUAUAAAGUAAAAUCUGGAAUGGAAGAAAUUCAGGGGAAAGGAAAAGUAUCUCCUAUAACACUCUCUGUUUCAGUUCGCUCCGGCAAUAAAAAGGUAACACUAAUAGAUAACUUGGAGUUAUUUGGCAUCCGACUUAAUGAUUUUGCAAAAGAAUGCCAGCACGGAGUUGCAGCAAGUACGAGUAUUAGUCGACCGCCCGGAAAGAAAUAUGAUCAACUCUUGGUUCAAGGGAACCAAGUUUUGUUUGUUUAUAAUUUAUUAACAGACAAGUACAAAGUGCCAAAAAAGUACAUCAAAGGAUUGGAGAAUGCUCCAAAGAAAAAGAAGUAAUCUUGUAUACAGUUGUAAUAAAGUCAUAUUUAUUAUUACUA